AUGGGUGAACUAGAAACGGGUAGAAGGUUGAAUCAAGAACUUGGUCUUGUUAAAGCCGGUGAUACUCGUUGGGGAUCUCACUACAAGUCAUUUGGACACUUUAUUAGUAGCUUUGACUAUAUUGUUGAUAUACUUGAUACUCUUGUUGAAAAUGCAAGUACUUUGGAAGAAAGAGCAAGCGCAUCGGGAUUUCUCAGAAGUUGUCAAACGUAUGAGACUAUUUUCUUGUUGCAAUUGAUGACUGAUGUUUUAGGAAUCACAAAUGAUCUUAAUGUUUUCAUUACAGAAAAAGGAGCAAGACGUUGCAAAUGUCAUGAUUCUUGUAAAGAAAAGGUAGAAGCAUUUUUUAUCAAGCAUGGCAUUUCAUUACCCAAUUUGGAUGCUCCAUAUGUUAAUUCUGGGAGAUCACGACGUAAAGUAGUUAUUUGUACUACUUUGCAUCAUUAUCUUGUGGAUGUGUUUUAUAAAAUCAUUGAUUGGCAACUACAAGAACUUAAUGAUCGUUUCAAUGAGGUGACAAGUGAUUUGCUUAAUGGAGUAUCUUGCUUGAAUCCAAUUGAUUCAUUUUCUAGUUUUGACAUAAAGAAGAUAAUGAGAAUGGCUGAAUUAUAUCCUGAUGAUUUUGAUGGGUCCAACAUGAGAUCUCUUGAGAAUCAACUUGUUAAUUACAUUAUUGAUGUUCGUGAUAUUAAUGAAAGGUUCUCCAAUUUGGGUGGACUUGGAGAACUUUCAAGAAAGUUGGUUGAGACAAACAAGCAUUUAACCUAUUCUCUCGUAUUUCUUUUAGUGAAGUUUGCUUUGCUUCUACCUGUUGCCACUGCUACAGUUCAAAAAGCUUUUUUUCAAUGA